GCUCUUCCCGAAUCUGCACUGCAAGCUGAAGACAUUCGAAGCGUAAACCCAGUGUCUUCUCCCUCAAAAAAUACAAGCUCUAAAUGUCUAACAGCAAACCUGCCUGUCGUGGAGAGCAAGGGAUUCCCGCAGAGCCCAGUGGCUGAGGAGCUGACCGACAUCUCCGAGCAGGGGUCAAGCGGAGGCGCAGUGGCUAUUUCUAAUAGUGAGCAGAGAGAGCUGAUUAGUGAUGAGGCAGUAGAUAUUUCUGCAGACCUGGAAGACGUAGAAACUGAAGACGUGCCUGUCAUUAUCAGCAUUCCCAGACAGGUGACUUUGGCAGAUUCUGGUGUGGGCGCAGACAUGGCCGGCGAUGAUGAUGAUGACGACGGUCAUCCUCCUGACUGAGUACGUGAGCUAACUCUUACUUCUUUGCCUAUAAAGUCAGGGGCACAUUAGUGGAAUAUGAACUUUACCACAGAUUUAAUACGCUGGUGACAUUCAUAGCAUAGUCACAGAUACACUAGACAGAUUUUUCCCAUCCCUCGUGGUCAGUAAGGUAUGUCAUGUGACCUAGUAUGUAAUGUAGUAAGAAGGAAGAUUGAAGUUAAGAAUUGCUUUUACCUGGACAUUCAUAUUUUCUUGUUGAGGAAUAAAUAUUCUUCAUGAAUUCAGUUAAAGUAAUCAUGAGAAGUAACUCUAGCAUGAAUAUUACGUACUAUGGCUAUGUGGUUAGUAUCGGUGAAUUUACCAGCUUAGCAUUCCCUGUUUAGACUGUUACUUUAGUAGUAAGAGCACAUCCUAAACUGCAUGUUAAGACAUUGAACCAUACACAUUUCGUGUAUUAUAUAAUGGUUGAAUUUGAGGUCUAUUUUGAACAGUUGCUAACUAAAUCCAAAAAAAGAAAAUACUCCUAGUAAUCGUGCAAAUGGAUCGUUUCAAGACAUAAACGAUUAAAAGAGCAGGUGACUUCCAUCUCCUGCUUCCUUGAUUCACCUGCUGGUUGGCACUCAUAUUUUCCCUUUAAUAGUUUCUUGCUUAUUUUACUGAAUCUUUACUGUAAUUCUUAUGAUGAUAAUAAUAAUAAUAUCUUUAUUUAUUCAACGUAACUUUUAGGUCAGUUUCUACAAAACUGUUCUUCUCCAAAGCCUUCACAAACAAAAUCAAAACAAUACAUAGAAACAGUUAUGCAGUGACAAUCUUCAACCAUUUCAACCACUAAAGCACUUUUUUCAGAUUAAUUUAUGCAUACAUUUGGUGUGAAAAUGCUGAUAAAAAUGAUGUGUUUGUGUCACUAAAGAUGCAAGCUUCAUGAAACUGUACAAAUUAUUUCUCUACACGCCAUUGUUCUCUUAAAAUGUUUCAAAUAUUGGUUGCAGAGGUUGUUGAAAAAGUUGAAGAAUUACAAAGUUAUUUUCUUGCAUUAAGUCAACGACACAGCUAAAAUUGUUAAACCUUUCAAUUUAUAAAGAAUGUAUAACACAUCGUUUUUAGCCUAGUGUUAGAUUGGCUAUAUAUCUUAAUAGGAUACUGAAAUCCAUACACAUAUACAUAUACCAGGUAUAUUGUUUUCUGUGCGAAAGCUUUGUGGAAGAACAGUUUCAUGGAAUCUUGGCUGAGUUACUGUUCAAAAAUAAAGAUAUUAUUCUAUUCACAAAAUAUGGAAGCAAGUAUUAAUUUAACUUUGCAGAUAUUCAGUUAGCACACAUUUGCCAUCAUGAUAAAAAAUGACCAAACAUUUUGUCCCAAAGGGUACGUUUUUUGAGGCAAAUAAAUGUGAUCAGGUGUUACUUUUGAUGUUGACACAUGACACGGUGCCGGAAGACAGAUGUGAAGCCCUAGAUCUCUCCUCCAGGUCAUGAAAUCCUUUUAGACUUAAGUCAAAACAUUUAUCAUUAAAUUUGAUAUUUUCUUUUCUGUUAUUUCAGUUGAAAUUUGUUGCACAUUAACUAAGUCACAACUGACUGUUUCAAACAAAAUGUUGACCUCGUAAAAUAAGAAAAAACAAUUUUAAAGUGAUUUGAAAUUUUGGCUUAAAUCUGUGAUGACAUUGUGAUCCUGGGACCUGGUCCUCUUUGUCUCAGUCCCAGCUCUAACACGAGGAAAGACUUCCAAGCUCUCAUUUUGCCUGUUAGGGGAUAGAGCGCCCAUCUCUGGUUAUUAAGUAAAAAGCCCCAAAGAGCCCUUUAAGGGUUAAAGAAGACAAGAUACUGUCGUACUACUUUUUCCAUCUUUCUUUUCAUCUUUUUUUCUUUUUCAUCUUUUUUUUUUUCAUCUUUUUUUUAUUUCUUUUAAUCCUAACCAAAAAUAGUUUUAAGUUUAUUGUAGACUUAAUUAACUCUUUACAUUGAAGGAACCAUGUUUACAUGUUACUUUAAAUUACCUGAGCUUAAAAAGUACAUUGUAAGUUUAAUUCAAAUUUUAAAUGCCUCUGAAAGAAGCCAUACGUCAUCAACAUGGAGAUGCGGCAAUUGCGGACAUCAACAAGCUCAACAAAUCAGAGAAAAACUAUGUCAAAACCAGCAACCACCUCACCUUUUUGAUGAAAUGUAGGAACAACAACCUGACACCUAAGGGACUCACCUUGAAAUGCCCAGUGCAUUCACAUGCAGCAAAGAAAAUUAUUAACGCAGCCAGCAAAUUACUAGUGAAAGAGAGAAUCCAUCAUCACCGGAACACCAAAGCAAGAACUUUAACCACCAUUACCCAGCUGCAGGAGAAACUAAGGUCGACCCUAAGUGAUCAUCGUUACAAAUCAUUGCGACAGGCACAAACAAACAGCAACCAACGGCUUGACGAGAAAAUUAAAGGAUCUCAAAAAAGAAAGUUUGAACUUCUGUCUAAGCACACUAACAGAGAGAGUACUCAACGGCCCACGAGUCACAAUAGCAAAACCGUCAUCAAUCUAAGCAGUCGGACCCUCACACCCAAUGAAGCGACAUUACUGGCUAAGGGUUUGAACUAUAUUCCUACCCAAGACAAAAUCCCCAGAGAUGAUUUUGUGUCAGCCAUAGAAAAAGGUUUUCAACAACUCGCCCCUGGAGGUAACAUUGAUUACAUCCGACACCAAAUCAGCGACAUUCUCAUCAAAGCAACCAAGCAAAAACCAAAUAUCAACCGAGAAGAAAGAACGGCCAUCAAGAACCUACGCUCCGAUAAUACCAUCACCAUCGCCCCUGCAGACAAAGGAAGAGCCACAGUUAUACUUGACAAGAACAAAUUCAACCAACUAGUCAACGACAUGCUCAGCGACACAAAGACAUACAGGCAAAUAACCAAAGACCCCACACCGAAGCUAGAAAGAGAAUUUAGGGCAAAACUCAAAGCCCUGCAGAACAGCAAUGAAAUCGACAUCCAACUGUACCGAAAGCUCAACACAACGCACCCCAGAGCACCUUACGCCAGGGCAACCAUCAAAGUCCAUAAGAACCCAAUCAAAGCCCGACUCCUGAUCUGCUCCAGAGGCACUGUCCACUACGACGCGGCACAGUACCUCACUAAACUCCUAACACCUCUGGGCAAAACUUCCAAAUCUUACAUCAAAGACUCAGCAGAAUUUUGUAACAAAAUUAAAGACAUUCCAGGCACAGCCCAACUGAUCAGUUACAACGUCAUCGACCUAUUCACCAAUAUCCCUAGAGAAGAAUCCCUAGACAUCAUACGACAGAAGCUGAACAGCGGACAACACCCUCUCAACACAGCCACGAAACCUGACAGCAUAAUCAGCCUCCUGGACUCGUGUAUACAUUCCACCUAUUUCACGUGGGGGGAUGACAUAUAUGAACAACUCCACGGUUUACCGAUGGGAUCCUCCCUAUCACCACUUAUCUCCAAAAUAUACAUGACAGAAUUUGAGAACAAAGCCUUAGCUGCAAGCCCCAUCAAACCGUUGUGUUGGUUCCGUAAGGUAGAUGACACAUUCGUAGCACUAAACAAGAAUGACAACCCCCCAGUCCCUACUUGACCACCUCAACACCCAGAACAACAGGAUACAGUUCACCAUGGAACAAGAAUGCAAGAAAACCAUACCGUUUCUGGAUGUACUUAUUAGCAAGAAGUACGACAAACUCCUCACUUCAGUAUACCGCAAACCCACACACUCAGACCAAUACGUGAAUUACCAAUCUAACCAACCUAAUCGGAUCAAGAGAGGAAUAAUAUCUACCCUAACAAAACGAGCCCUACAGAUAUCCAGCAUCAACCUCCGAGAAGAAAUAAAUCACCUCAAAACAGCCUUCACCACCCAAAACUGAUACCCUCCACAAUUAGUGGAGAGAACGAUCAGCAAAACCCUCAAUCCGACUAACAAGACCAGAACAACGAGACCUGACCACCCCAAUAUAUAUAUAUAACCAUUCCGUAUAUAGGCACCCCAAGCUACCAGAUAAGAAGACUCCUGCAUGACAAACUGAACAUACAAACAACGUUUACCUCCGCCUCUAACCUUAAAAACCCUACUCAAAGCCAAUGGAAAAAACAGCCAACCCAUAGGCAAGAACCCAAAGGAUCAGUGUACUGCAUUAAUGGUGAUUGUCAACGGCAAUACAUUGGAGAAACCAGUAGACCACUCAAUAUCAGAAUUGCAGAGCUCAAGGCCUCCGUAGAAAAAUUAGAUGGAAAAUCAGCCCUCAGUGACCACAUCAGAGCCCAUCCAGAACACCAACUCGCAUGGAACACAGUUCAAACCUUACAAAACAACCAGUCAGACUAUAAAAGGAGGAAACUGCUGGUAGCCAUCAUGAUCCGACGACACAAUCCACAGCUUAACAAAGACAGCGGGUACCACCUACCGAGCGUCUACAAUGACCUCAUCGGAUUAGACAGUGACCGCCUUAGUAACCCUGAAGUUACUAUCUAUGUUACAUUGUGCCUGUUGUUGACACCACUCACUCUCUUACUGUAUAUGUUGUCUUGUAUCUCUGUAUGUUCAUAUGGUUUGAUAACGAUGUAAGAACCUACAUCGAAACGUAACCAACACAAUAAAUCCAGGGAUUGUUAUCCAUAAGUAAUGCCUCUGUCAGUCUAAAGUUUAAUUCAGUUCACCAUGCAUUGCAAGUUUAAUUCAGUUUGCCAUGCCUACAUUGUCAGUUUAAUUCAGAUUGCCAUGCCUAUAUUGUCAAUUUAAUUCAGUUUGCCAUGCGUACAUUGUCAGUUUAAUUCAGAUUGCCGUGCAUGUAGUUGCAGCUGUAGACAACUUUUUAGAGUAAACUCUGAGAGCUUGGACAGUUGACUGCAGACACAAAGAGGACAGUAGUAUUUGGGAACUUCAUAUGCUGUAUUUUUUCACAACAAACUUUUUCUGGCAGUUUGCAAGUCAAGCCUUAUGACAAAGCUUCCAUGUUUUCACAUAUGUGGCUUUACUUCACUAAACUCUUCUAUAAAGCUGUGUGGAAACCAAGAGACUUGAUUGGCAAACAGCAGAAAAUGUUUGAACAAUGGAUUUGCUGGUUUGUGCUUUGUCCUUUGACCUUCACUGCCGUGGGAGUGGAAUAAAUGUUGUGUGGA